ACAGCCUCUUCGUUUCGCGCCGUUUGGCGACGCCUGCGACAGUGUGGCCGUCAUGGCGUCGCCCUUCAGCGGGGCGCUGCAGCUCACGGACCUGGACGACUUCAUCGGGCCGUCUCAGGACUGCAUCAAGCCUGUGAAGGCAGACAGGAGGCCCGGGAGCGGCGUGGCCAAGAUCCACAUCCAGGACGACGGGAGCUACUUCCAGGUUCAUCAAGAUGGCGGGAGCCAGAAGCUGGAGAAGGCCAAGGUGUCUCUGAACGACUGCCUGGCCUGCAGUGGCUGCGUCACGUCGGCAGAGACCGUGCUCAUAGCACAGCAGAGCCACGAGGAGCUGCGGAAGGUUCUCCGCGCCAACGAGGCAGCAGCUCCAGGUCAGCAGAAGCUGGUUGUUGUCUCAGUCUCACCCCAGUCCAGAGCGUCCCUGGCUGCAAGGUUCCAGCUAAACCCUACAGAGACUGCCAAGAAAUUAACUUCAUUCUUUAAAAAAAUAGGGGCCCACUUCGUCUUUGACACUGCCUUCUCGCGGAACUUCAGCCUCCUUGAGAGCCAGCGCGAGUUCGUGCGGCGGUUCCGAGAGCAGGCCGGCUCCCCGCAGGCCUUGCCGCUGCUGGCUUCGGCCUGCCCAGGCUGGAUCUGCUACGCGGAGAAGACCCACGGCCCCCUGCUCACGCCCCACCUCAGCACCGCCCGCUCGCCGCAGCAGGUCAUGGGCUCACUGGUCAAGGACUUCUUCGCCCAGCAGCAGGGCCUGGCCCCUGACAAGGUCUACCACGUCACAGUGAUGCCCUGCUAUGACAAAAAGCUGGAAGCUUCCAGACCUGACUUCUUCAACCACGAAUACCAGACUCGAGACGUGGACUGUGUCCUGACAACAGGAGAAGUUUACAAGCUGCUGGAGGAACAAGGGGUCUCGCUGCCAGACCUGGAGCCAGCCCCUCUGGACAGCCUGCCCAGCAGCGUGUCUGCCGAGGAACCCACCAGCCACCGGGGCGGGGGCUCAGGGGGCUACCUGGAGCACGUGUUCCGGCAUGCGGCUCGAGAGCUCUUCGGGAUCCACGUGGACGAACUCACCUACAGACCCCUGAGGAACAAGGACUUCCAAGAGGUGACCCUGGAGCGAGAGGGCCAGGUGCUGCUGCACUUCGCAGCCGCGUACGGUUUCCGCAACAUCCAGAACCUGGUACAGAAGCUCAGGCGAGGACGCUGCCCCUAUCACUAUGUGGAGGUCAUGGCCUGCCCUGCAGGCUGCUUGAACGGUGGAGGUCAGCUCAGGGCGGCCGACAUGCCCAGCAGGGAGCUGCUGCAGCAGGUGGAGAAGCUGUACGCUUCAGUCCGGGUGGAGGCACCCGAGGACACGCCGGGCGUCCCGGAGCUGUACAGGCACUGGCUGCAGGGUGAGGACUCAGCACGCGCCAGCCGCCUGCUGCACACGCAGUACCACGCCGUGGAGAAGGCCGACUCUGGUCUCAGCAUCAGGUGGUAGGGCUGCGAGCCUGCGGAGCCCACCAAGGCGGGCCCUAGCCCCCGAAAGGCUAUGUGAGCCAGCGGCAAAGACACACCCCAAGCCAGGACGCUCAGAAUUCGGGGCGAGCUGUGGAGAUGUUGGAGCCUGCAGAGGCAGGGCCAGGGCUCAGCCCCACAGCUGGCAAAUCUGUGUGGACGAGGUCACUUGCAGACCCCAGGGUCAGUGGGUGAGCCCCAUGGCUCCCAGAGCAGCACCUUGCCCAGGGUAGACCUGUACUCCUGUGGGAUUCUCCAUGGACUCUGCUGGGUCAGGGGGUGGCCAAGCAGGCUGAGGGUUCUGGAAGCUUCUGGAACCGUGUCACUGGGUCAGAGCCCAGGUCGGCGACACUGCCCUUGCCCUCCUCAGCUGUGCUGUCCCCUGUGUGUGAGGGCCAUCACGAAUCCCACAGGCACCUAGGACGAGGCCGGGCAGUGCCACAGCAGCGAUGCCGCAGGGCCCACCGGGACAGUCCCGGGCUCAUGUCCCCACCCUGCCUGAGCACAGCGGCACCUGCCGUGAGCUGGGCCGACCACAGCAGGUGCAUCCAGGCCUGCAGAUCCCGUUGGGGUACCAGUCUCUGCCUGCCAUGAGAAGAAAUAAAAAGCGGAGUUUCUCACCCCAA